CUGUCGACUUUUUCCUACUCGCGGAAAUUGCAGCUCACUAGGCCCUCACACCCAGCACACCACCACAUCCACCACAACAACAAUGACAGCCCCAGCCACCUUACCGCCCGCAGGCCCCACCCCCGCGUCCGCCGUCCAAGCCGUCCUAGUCCCCUCAGCCCCCAUGCCCACCGACUCAACAGAAGUCAAAGGCUACGACUUCAACAACGGUGUCGACUACAGCGCCCUGCUCGCCUCUUAUUUCCGGACAGGGUACCAGGCGACGAGUGUUGGGCAGGCUGUUGAGGAGAUUAAUCGGAUGAUAAAAUGGAGGUUAUCGGACGAACCAAUAGCAGACGACGAGACGGAGGAGUACAGGGAUCCGGAAGCGAGGCGGAAGAUCAAGUGCAAGAUUUUCUUGGGAUAUACAUCCAAUCUUAUAUCGUCAGGACUAAGGGAGGUCAUUCGAUACCUCGUUGAGCAUUCCAUGGUAGACUGCAUAGUAGCCUCAGCAGGCGGCAUCGAAGAAGACCUCAUCAAAUGCCUCGGCCCCACCUACAUCGGCUCCUUCUCCCUCCCCGGCGCAAAUCUCCGCAAACAAGGGCUCAACCGCAUCGGCAACCUCCUCGUCCCAAACGACAACUACUGCAAAUUCGAGGACUGGGUGAUGCCGAUCCUGGACGCGAUGCUGGAGGAGCAGAAACGCGAUGGCGUGGUGUGGACGCCGUCGAAGGUUGUGAGGAGGUUGGGGAGGGAGAUUGGGGAUACGGAAAGUGUUUAUUAUUGGGCUUGGAAGAACAACAUCCCAGUCUACUGCCCAGCCCUAACCGACGGCUCCCUCGGCGACAUGAUCUACUUCCACUCCUACAAAAACCCGGGCCUCAUAAUCGAUAUCGCGGGCGAUAUCCGCGCGGUCAACAACGAGGCUGUGUUUGCGAAAAAGACCGGGAUGAUUAUCUUGGGGGGUGGAGUGGUCAAGCAUCAUAUUUGUAAUGCGAAUCUGAUGCGCAACGGAGCAGAUUACGCAGUAUACAUCAACACCGGCCAAGAAUUCGAUGGCAGCGACGCCGGCGCCCGGCCAGACGAGGCCGUCUCGUGGGGCAAGAUCCGCAUGGACGCCAAACCGGUGAAAGUGUAUGCGGACGCGACCGUUGUGUUUCCGUUGAUUGUGGCGGAGACUUUUGCUAAACACGGUGUGAAGAGGGUGGCGGAUGGCGCGACGGAUUAGGUGCAGGCGGAACUCGUAGCGUAACUGCUUUGUCUUUCAGACAUAAUUUAUUUCACUAGCAUAGGCUAUCUUAUGUCUCUCUCCCUGUUUUCGUCGUAGCAGAUAGCAGGGAGAGCAAACUACUUAGUCAAUCCAUUUUGGGGGUGUUUUCCACAUACAUAUCAACAUAGACAGGGGUAUCGACAAAUCGCAAAUAUAUACAAUGUUGCCUGACCGAUCUCCUUGAACAUCAUGGCGGUGUGGCCUAAGCACACGUCAGUCUCCCUUCGAAUGCACCUCAGCACGCGUAUCUGCGAGAUUGGGGUGUGUAUGUUAGAUGCAAGUUCAUCAGUGACAACGUCUGUGACUGUUUACCGUUUGGUCCAUUCCCGCGCAAU